GAGACAACAAGAGUGCCGUGUGCAGCGUGAUUUACAUUAUAAAUAAACACGGUCCAGUAGGCUCGCUACUACAAUUCACUUCGAGAGAAUACGAAGAUUUUGAUUGCUAAUUACUUGACCACAUUUCUCUAACUCUAGUCAGAAUGAGCGGAAAAGGACCAAAUUGCACCGAGGCCUGCACUGGCGAACAAUGCACCUGUGGCGACAGCUGCAAGUGUGGCGAGGGCUGCAACUGUCCCAGCUGUAAAACCUGCAAGUGUGAAGACAAUGCUUGCAAGUGUGGUGAGGGCUGCACUGGACCAAGCACAUGCAAAUGUGAAAGCUCUGAUUGUGCAUGCAAGUAAAAGAUGAAAAUAGACAUGAUGAUGACAGGAUUGUAGACUGACUUGAACAAAUGACAACCUAAGCACACGAAUGCAACAAGAACAGCACAGGUGGUAGAUCUGAUUGAAGGCUUCAGAUGAUGUCGUCUUGAAUGACAACUCCAGAGACUUGAUUCUCACAGAUCACAUUUCCAUUUGUGUUGUUCUCUUUUAUGUACACUGAUAUUAUUUUAUUCAUUUUAACGGAAGAGAGAUAACUCUAGAAAUGUAUUUUCUUUUUUGGACUAUUUCCCUUGGCUUUAAACAAAAAAUUAAAAACUGGUUUAAUUUUUUUUCUUCAAAUUUCACUCAAAUUCAAAUGUAAAUAGAAAAUAUAUCACAUACUCAUUUCUGGCGUGAAGAUUGGCAUGAAUGUGUUGAAUGGACUGUUUAAUUGAACGUUUAUACAUGACUUAUUAAAGACUUGAAUCUAAA